AGCAAUUCGGGCUCAAGCAGUUUUGCUUCAAGCCGAUCGGCGUAGGCGCAUUGCCGCCAUGAGCCAGGCUGCACCCUUUAGAGAAGUGGAGCUUGCCGAGGUCGCAAACCCUGUUACAGAUGAGACUACGCCCAGUUCUUUGGCGUCAACUGGCUCUCUGCACCACACUGUUAGCUUCCGUCUUGCGAUGGUUAGCGUGACUGUCCUUUUGCCACUUGCCUUCGUCCUUGAAGUUCACAGGGCGUUGCCGAGGGCUCGAGAUUCUGGCCCCGGCUUCCAUGAAUCGCGUGCGAAGUACAUUUUGCAGAAUAUCGCCGCGAAGCCACAUGCUGCUUCCACCGUCGAGGAUGAUGCCGUGGCGCAUCAUCUGGAGAAAGAGAUGCGAGCGAUUGCAGCAGAGGCCGCUCUCCCCCAAAGGGUAUUCGUUGAGGUUCAGCAGUUCCCGCUUCGGUAUCGGCCUGGGAAGGCAACUAACAUAAUUGGUAUUGUGCGGAGCACAGGCGGCGAAAGUGUGAGCAAUCCGCUGGUUGCAGUUUCUGCGCAUUUUGACUCUGUACCCGCAGGCCCCGGAGCUACAGACGAUGGCGUGGGCGCUGCAGUAGUGGUAGAGGCAUUUCGAGUUUUCUCGCAAGAGGUUAUCGCAAGGCAAUCGGCGUGCGACGUGGCGUUCAUGUCUGCAAGGCUUUGCCAACUGCACCCCCCCCACCGCGUCCGAUAUGCAGUCAUGGCCCGCGGGCAUGCGGCUUUGAGAAGUGCGCAGAGUACGUGUUAGUGCACUUGGGCUUCGCAGCCUGGUUGUCCCACAUCGGGUCUCGCGGCUUGGUCGAUGCCGAAGAGGAUGGCCUGUACGGCAGUGCAUUUUUCAUGGAAGGCGCGUAUGGCAAUCGUUUGCGAGUCGUCUUCAACUUGGAGGGCUCUGGGGCAGCAACGCAGGAAUAUCUUGUCCGCACCAACAGCAAAUGGAUUGCAAGCCUUUAUGCGCGACAUGCGAUGCAUCCCGCGGCAUUUUCCAUCAGCGAGACGCUGUUUGGCAUUUUCGGGGGAGGCUGCACAGACGUGGAGAACUACGUCUACGAAGGCGCGCACGUUGCGGAUUUCGUAUUCAUCGAGCAUCGUUACGUUUACCAUACGCGUGACGACUCCAUCGAAAACGUGGCCGACGGGGCUCUGCAGCACGCGGGCGACAAUGUAGUGGCUAUGCUUCGCAGAGCUGCCGAGCUACCUCUGCCAAUGCGGCUCGCUAAUCACACGUAUGACCUCGUCUCCGCCCCGAUCGUUUCUGGGCAGAUUUAUUUUACCAUACUGCGUUGUUUUGUUUGGUGUUCUUCUGUUUCAAGUGUCGCCGCCAUAGUACUAGCGCUGGCAGGCAUUGCCGCAGUUUCGUUAAUCGUGCCGCGGCGCGGUUCUGUCAGCGCGUGCGUUCAGGAGGCCGGAUGGUUCUGCCUCUUUCUCGUGGCGGGUCUGACCCUCCAGGUGAGUACAGCCGAACUUCUCAUCGGGACCCAGGAUAUCCGGGUGUGGCAAGGGAAGAGUAAUGCUUUCCGGGUUUGGCACCCGAGUGCCUGGACGUUGGCUACCCUUGCCUUGGCCCUCCAGGUCCGCAGUUUGGAUGUCACAGCAUGCGCGGGAGGCUGCACGGUGUUGGCGAUUCUGCUCAACUUCAUCGUCGUGUUGCUGAUCCCCGACAUGUGCGCGUCGACUGUUUGGCUGCUGAUUCCAGCUCUCGUGCGACAUGCUGGCGCGUCAAGUAAGUUUCUUGCAACCCCCCUCUGCCACCACAUCUGUGUUGCCUUCGCCAUGACACUCGCACUCGACAAUCUACUGUCCUGGGUCCCAGGGUUCCUUUAUUUAAUCCAUGAGCAGGAUGCGGAGCAGCACGCCCACGCUGGUGCCGCAGAUCCUCGUCAGCACCAUCACAGCCUUUGCAGCUAUUCUCGUCUGGCCUCUCUUGGCCGCCUUGGGCCGGCCAGGGGCCAGGCCGCUGGCUGCUGUGGCGGCGCUCUCUGCCGUGGCCUGUUGCCUGGGAGAGCUCUGGCCUCGGGACCUCGGCGGCCGCCCUUAUCCAGUAUAGGAGCGUCGGCCGGGCUCCAGGGUCGGCUGGCAGGGCCUCGCAGUGGGGACGCCGCUGGGGCUGGUGGCCCAUGCUCAUGUCGCAGGUGCUUCUGCGGCAAGUCGGUCCGAUCCCCGCAAAGAGCUCACACCCAUAGCGUGUUCAUCCAUCUUGCUUCUUCCUCACUGCAUACAGAGAUGGCAUUUGAGUCUGGCAUUAAGUGGGGCGCGGGGCAGCACGAACCCCUGCCAGCCCAGACAGGGAGUGCACCUCCCGCGAGGAUGCCGCGACUGCUUGUAGUGAUCCUUGUUAUCAUCUUCAAGGAGGUCCUGCACUAACUUGAACGUGUGCUCCAUUGAGUUCUGUUAUACAAACGAUGACAACAAAUCUUCGGUGUUCCGCGGGGUCCGCCACCAUCCUGCCCUGGACUCCUGGACCAUCCUCAUUCGGCUUGCGAUUUUCGACAGCAUUUCUGAGACGGCUGCUCGUUGUUACGACGUUCCGGCUGGCCAGCGACAUGCGGUUCGUCCAUCACAGUUGACGCCCUGGACUCCUUUGCCAGACAGGCCUCGCUCGUAAUCCAGGCGGCCCUUUGGUCCGCGGACCCUGGCUGCUCUGGACCUUGCCCGGAGCUGGCUGGUCGCCGGCCCCCUCUCCCAUGGCCUCCAUAAGCUCGAAUCGACGACCUCGAGUCGCGGGGUCUCCGAGGACGUCAGCCGUGUGGCCAAGGGCCGAUCCACC